GCUUCUGACAAGCGGGCUUCAUGCCUUCGAUGCUGCGUUCUGCGCUGAACCUGUCCCUGAUGCUCCUGUCUUUUCUCGGGGUCGGGAUAAAGAGAAAUCGGCAGAGAGGUCAGUUCCGGCCGAAAACUUCCGCCGCCGCUCACCAUCGCCCCGGUGAGUUUCCAAGACGUUUUUACCGUGUUGUACUCAUCCUUGCACGCCAUGAUGAACUGCUUCUUCUUGGAGGCCGCCGUGGACGGAGUCGAUCGGAACGCGGAGCAAGACGUGGACGCGUACACAGAGACCCAGGAACGAAGCUCGUCGCCAAACCAAGACGGACGUGAAGCCGUCUUCUUCGACCUCUCUUUGUCCGACGAAGAGCUCUGCGUCGACGGGAAUACGAGGAGUGCCAAGGACGUGAACCAGGGCGUAGUCACCACCAGGGGCAGAUCGCCGUCGUCUUCUUCCUCUCGUCAUCUCCUUCGACCCUGGCCGCUACCUACUGUCCCAGAGUUCAGACGAGGAAGAGUGGAACUACAACCUUUCCAGUGUUGAAGAUGAUUAGAAGACCGGGAUCAUGUUUGCCGACAAGUUGCCAAUGGAUUAACUUACGCUGUUGUUUCUUCUUUUGUAUUUGGCCUUAUGGCUUUUGUCUUGGUUUUAAUCCUCAUUGUUGUAAGCUAUGCUCCAAUAAAAAUAGAUGAGUAGUGAUAUAUUCAAACGAUCUUCACUGUAUAUCUUAUACGAUUAAGAUGUUCAUAAUCGAAGUUGGU